AUCUGCAAUAGCAACAAUAUGGGAACAUUUUAGAGACAUUUAAAUUUAGUUGGAAUGCACUGAAAGGGCAAAAACACGAAAAUAUUAGCUAACCUUAACUUGUCACUUAGCACGUUGAAAGAGAAAAGGAAAAGGCGAAAGGAAGUUGAUGGCCAUAUUGGAUGCGGUAUAGAGAUUCGUUCGUUAGGUUGGCAGAACUGUUGAAAAUGGUAGCUGCCAAAUAAAUCAGUUGGAUGGUUUGUGUAUUAGCUAAAGCAAAGAGAUGGUUCUAGUUCUUGUUUUGACUCGACAGAAAGCUUGCUUCUGCGAAACCUAUUCGUGCGCUGUAAAUGCUUCGCAUUUGUUGUUGCAAUACUUAUUCAUAGAACAUGACAAUUAAAACCGCCAAAAACAGCUGCUUUUGUUAGCUUCUAAAAAAAUUUCAAUAUAUGCAAGUAAUUUCAUAAUAAAUACAUUUUGGGAUUUAGAAAGCACAAUUUGAGACUGAAGCGAAUAAAUUAGGCAAAAUUGGAAAACAUGUCACUGGAGUGUCCUCUAAACCCUGUGUAUCGCACAAGCGUCGAGCAGAAGCGACAUUCGAAAAGCGCCGCCAAAAUAUAUCGCUAUGGAUCACCAAAGAUACGAGAUCAGUUGCGAGAUAAAUGUCGCAUGCGGAUGCGUGAAGUGAGGCAAGCCCAUUUCAGCAGGCGUAGAUUAGCAGAUAUAACUGAAGAAAUCGAUCUAGAUAAGUUGAUGCGGGAAGAGCUUGCUAGCUUGGAAAGUGACUUGCGCUUGCAGGAAGAAAUUUACAAGGAAUUACGCGAUGAAAUGAACGACUGGUUAGUGCAGGAAUUGGAAGCCGAGGAAGCCUGUUUAAUGGACGCAGCUUAUGAAGACAGCAAUGAUAUAACUGUUAUAUGCCCCAUUUGUGAACAGAAUAAUCUUUCUGGUACAUUUUCAAAUGAGUACCAAGAAAAUAUCGCCUGCUUUAGUUGCAAAUGUGGCGUAAGCUUCAACUACUCGGCUAAACCUGUGGAACUGCGUAAAACACUCCAUGCUCAGAUAGAUGUUCACGAGCAAAAGUGUGAGGCAAAACUCACUUUCUUUUUGGAACCGCAAAGUGUACGCAAUGAUGGAGAGAUUCAAACUGCUGAUGCGGGUGUAAAUAAUCUCUGUGCUAUAUGUGACAAAUGUGACUAUUUUUAUAGUUUUUAAGAAUCUACUUAUUAUAUUAUAUAUACAACAUAUUUAUUAUCUAUUACAAUACAAAAUUAUAACUUGAGGAAUUGAAUUAAAGCUUGUCUGCAUUUUGAA